AUGGAAGCACCUGAGUUCAUACUGAGCCUGAAACGGUUUAUCGCACGUCGAGGCAGGCCAAAGCUUAUCUACUCGGACAAUGCUUUGACCUUUAAGGCGACCAAGAAAUGGCUCCGAUGUGUACAGAAAGAUGAACGUCUCAAUGAUUACCUGGCUGACCUUUCCAUCAAGUGGCAGUUUAACUUGAGCCGUGCCCCUUGGUGGGGAGGUCAAUUUGAACGCUUAGUCGGCCUGUUUAAGAGUGCCUUUUACAAGAGUAUCGGAAAUCGGACAUUAAGAUGGAAUGAGCUUGAGGAAGUUGUGAUUGAUGUGGAGGUCUGUCUUAACAAUAGGCCUCUGAGCUAUGUGGAGGACGAUGUUGAACUCCCACUACUAACCCCUAACACGAUGCUGACGAUUAACCCUAACCACGUACCUGAAUUAAAGGCGCACCACAUGGACGAAGCAGAUUUACGGAAACGAGCUAAGCAUAUUAAGAGAUGCAAAGAAGCCUUGUGGAAUCGCUGGACGAGAGAGUAUAUAAGAAGCCUACGCGAGCAGCAUCGUCGUGCUGGAGGAGAACAAACCCCAUACCCAACCGUUGGUGAAGUGGUUAUUAUAAAGGGUGAAUCGAAAAACCGGAAUAUGUGGAAACUUGGUAUCGUCACUGAAUUGAUAAAGGGAAGAGAUGGAAUAACGAGAGCAGCAAAAUUAAAGGUUGGGACAGGAAACCUGGAACGUGCCCUUCAACACCUAUGCCCUCUCGAACUGUCCUGUGAUUGGCAACAACCACCUCGACUUAACGCAAGUGCGCCUGCGUUUCAACCACGACCAAAAAGAGACGCGGCAGCUGCGGCGGAAUUGCGUAUUCGACAAACGGCGGAAGAAGACAAAGAAGAAUAA